GUCUUUUGACGCAAAAAUGAGCGUCGAUAUGAAAAGGUGCCUUAAGAAAGUGUUCUUUCCUUCGAACGCAAUUCCACUCCAUGUGACUCCAAGCUCCAAGAAAUAAAUUGGAAUAAAUUUUCCUACCUGUAGAAAAGAAAGCGAGCUAUUGUGUCUAAUAAAUGGAUGUGAGUUCUAUCGAAGCAACUUUAAUAAUAGAAGAAAAAGUAGCCAAAUUUGUAGAUAGGACAUAAAUAUAUAGAGCAAAGACAAUGGCAUUGACUGCGAAACGUUAUGAUAUAAAGCAAGUGCCUUGGUUUUCUCUAACGGAAUGGCAUGAUGUGUACAGGCAAAUUUACUCCAACGACGUAAACGAACAAACGAAAGCAUACGAAACGCUUUUAGCAUGGAAAACCAGAAUGCCGAAACUACCAGUGGGUGUGGACUGUACCUUAUCGAUUUUGCAAGUGUGUCUUCGUGAUCGUGAAUGGACACCCAAAAUUGAUAGCGGCGAACUGCCGAUGUAUUACGAGAAUGAUUUGAGUUUGAUGUACUCGACCACCAUCAUGAGAUUUUUGAAUCAUUUUUGCAAUAUAGGACACACGAAACAGACAUCUCUAUUUCAGAUUGCCAAGCAACUCAAAAUUCCAGAAUGGAUAGUUAUGUUAAGGCAUCAGACUGCUCAUGGAUAUGAAUUACCUUCCAUUGGAGUACUAAGGAUAGCGAUUAAUAUAUUGCUUCACUGGUUACAUGAUGAAUAUUGGGCAGCUGAGGCAUGUGCGAUAGAAAAAUCUUAUAUGGAAGAAGCUAAUAUGUUAGAAGAAGAAAAAGAAGAAACCAAAGAGGUGCAGGCUUUAACAGAUUUAAUUGAACUUUGGACAGCAGUCAAUUUAUAUAUCGAUGCUGGUUAUAAAUUAGUAUCAAAUUUGCCAGAGGUACAAUUACGGGAAAUAUUAGAAGAUUUACGCACAUACAUGUGUUCCCAAUAUAGCGAUAAAAUAUCAAACAAUGAUCACAAUGAAUAUAUAUCCAUUCAAGGAAAAACUAUAAAGAUUGAUAAGGAAUAUGAUUUAAAAGCUGCGCGAGCUUUACUUUUAUCAGAGAUAUCUAUGCAUUUAGUUGAAAAUAAAUCUUUGAUACACAAGAAGGAUAUAAUUUGCAAUGUGUUGCUGAAAAACGAAGCUUUUCUACCAAACUCAGAUAUUGGACAAAUUUUUCAACAAAAAGGAAGAAAAAAUAUUGAUUUAAAAAGAAAGAUUUUACCACCUGGUAUGCUUCAAUUUUGGAAAGAUAUCAUUUUCUUGUUGCAUAACAAAAAGAUAUUAGAUAUACUGAUGUUUAAGCUGCUCAAUAUCGUAAACCAAGAACAAGAAAGUAAGGAAAAAAGAACUCUUGCAACCUUAUGGAUAAGUUCCAUCGUCCAUAGUUUUAUUCAAUUAGAUUUGGCCCAAAAGAUUUCUCGUAAUAUGGAAUAUAAGCUGACAAAGGAUGUUACAAAACCGGUUGCAAAGUCGACUCUAAAUCAGCAUCUUAAAAAGUUGGUACAUGAUGGUCAUCCUUAUUUGCGGAAUGUUUUGUGGUUAGAUAUAUCGAGCACCAUACCGCAUUUUCUUAUUGAUAUAAAUUUUUUAUCAAAACUUUUAUUACAUGUAAACGAAUUUUCUGCAAGAUUAAUAGAACCAAUUUUUAAGUUUGUUUCAUCAAGAAUAAAUGUGCAGGCGAAAAAACAUUUGUCAAAUUUACUUAAAAUUUAUACAUUCCAAAAGUAUAAUGAUGAAGACAGCAACAAUGAUAUCCAGGAACGGAAAAUAUGUACUGUCGAAGAUUUCAAUGCAACAAGAAGUAAAGUAAAAAUAUACAAGAAAGAACAGACAAUUAAAAAGAAAACUGCUUAUUUAUUAACCGAUCAGAUAAUCCGCAAUUUACAUUGGAAGCAAGCAUCUGAUACUAUUUUCUCUGAUCAAUGGAUCGAGUGCCCCAUUGGAUUAUUGCCGUGGCAGAUGGAUUCGUUAAAGAGUUUGGAACCACUCAAACUAAAUCCCUCAAAACAUUCAGUUUCAAUUUUGGAUUCGCAAAUAAUCGCUGGCAUUAUAAAUCGUAAAAGUUUAAGAAUGCAAAGUCGUAUCAAAUGGGAAAACAUAUUGCGAAAAAAGAAGAGAAUAGAGAGAAAACGCGAUAAGAGUAUCACGGACGCUAUAAUGAAUAGAGCAUUAGAAAUAGCAAAAAAAAUAGACAAUGUGAACGCGUAGACAUUUUAUAAUAGAAUAUUAUAUAAUUUAUCACAAAUUACUUGCAUUUUCAACAAAUAAGUUAAUGUAUUUAUAAUAAAAUUGAUUAAAAAAUAAAUCCAUCCCUUUCUGGUAUAUGCUUACAUUAUAAAUGAUAAAUAUCAAGUUUACAAUUUAAAUGACAAAAAAUAAUUAUUUUAUAAUAUAUUGCAGAAAUAUAGGAGAAAGUUUCUCACUACACAUUCGAACACAUUUAUGUUUAGAUACAUAUGUCACACCCACUCAUAAAUAUAUCAUUCACUUAUUU